AUGGCGAUGGGUUCAGCCCCGAAGUCGUCGAGCCAGAGCCGCAGGCCACCUUGCCAGGCCUUGCCAUGCGUCUGGACCUCGUGCGGCUCUACUUCGAUUACAUCCAUGAUCAGUUCCACUCGCUCUUUCAUCGACCAAGCUUCAUCGAGGAUGCUCUGCAGGACCGCGUGCCCCAUAGCAUCCUGUUUGGCAUGUUCGCCCUGUCUGCAAGUCUGGUGGUCACUGUCGAUGAUUGAUGUGUGGUCCUCCACGGCUGUGAAGCUUCCCAAGCUCUUGCCAAAUAGGACAGACAUCUCCCUGCCCAUGGACGACCUAUCAUAUCUCGCUCUAUCACCAGAAGGACUUGCGAGUGCCAGGGCGAGUGCCUUUAGCCACGGCUCUCAACUUCUGGCGCAGAUGAUCAAGGUCAAUAGGAUCCUGCUGGAAAUCAACAACUUCAACCAGCGAUGCGUCACCGAGAACCCGACUUGGGAGACUUUAAGCCAAGGUGUCGACGUACUGACGGCGCGGCUGGACGACUGGGUUGCGAAUUUACCGCCGAAUAUGCACGAUACGCCCGAGAACUUUGCUUGGUUCGCGUCGAGGGGCCUCGGACGGAUCUUUGCGGCGGUAUACCUCGGCUACUACCACUUCGGCCAGCUGCUGUACUACCAGUUCCUGCACGGUGCAGCAAUCGACGCGCCACUAUCACCAGAAGACUCUAGGGGCACCAUGGCGACAGAAUCACCGUCGGCGAUGCGGCGGCAAGAAUAUGCACAGAGAACCAAAGAGCAUGCGGGCCGGUUAUGCGAGAUGGUGUAUCGGUCACAGGCGACCGCGGGGGCUGACGUCCGCUACACGAUGACCUCGCACGUCUUGGUCAUUGCAUCUACGGUGCAGAUCCACACCCUUCUGUUCAGUGGCGAUGAAGAUGACAUCGGCGUCGCUCGAUCGAGGCUGGAACGGAACUUUGAGCUCUUGCUGCGACUGCAGUGCUACUGGCCAACGGUCGAUCGCGCCAUCAGUCGUCUGCGGGCCUUCCAUGCGACGGCUCGUACAAGUGUAGAUUCGAGCUUCGUCUUGGAUCGGUGGAUGCUACGCUUCAUGGUUGAGUUUGCCGAGAGCAUGGAGGAGAAGGAGGCAGAAGCAUGGCGCGGUGGCAGCGAAGAGAUGGAGGCGCUCUGGAACCGGCAAUAA